GCCCCCUGACGUCACUCGCGGGACCUCCAUUUAAGCGCCCGCCGCCCUCCACCUCCUCGCGGUACUGCAGCGGCAAUUGGGCGACGGCUCGCUGGUGGGGCGCUUUGCUAGGACGACCCAGCACUACAAGAUGUCUCUUAAGGGAAAGCUGAUUGAAAAUGUUCACAAAGAUGAACACCAUCACCCCCACAACAAGAUCACUGUGGUUGGAGUUGGUGCAGUUGGCAUGGCUUGUGCCAUAAGCAUUUUGAUGAAGGAAUUGGCGGAUGAACUUGCCCUGGUUGAUGUUGUGGAGGACAAGCUGAAGGGAGAGAUGCUGGACCUUCAGCAUGGCAGCCUUUUUCUUCGGACACCAAAGAUCGUCUCCGGCAAAGACUAUGCUGUAACUGCAAACUCUAAGCUGGUUAUCAUCACCGCUGGAGCUCGCCAGCAGGAAGGUGAAUCUCGCCUUAAUUUGGUUCAGCGCAAUGUGAACAUCUUCAAAUUCAUCAUUCCCAAUGUUGUCAAGCACAGCCCUGACUGCAAGCUGCUGGUUGUUUCCAAUCCAGUGGAUAUUCUGACGUAUGUGGCAUGGAAGAUCAGUGGAUUUCCUAAGCACCGGGUUAUCGGAAGUGGCUGCAACCUGGACUCUGCGCGUUUCCGCCACCUUAUGGCUGAUAGGUUGGGUAUCCACCCUCUCAGCUGCCAUGGCUGGAUUGUUGGAGAGCAUGGAGACUCCAGCGUACCUGUCUGGAGUGGUGUGAACGUUGCUGGUGUGUCCCUGAAAGCUUUACAUCCUGAAAUAGGAACUGAUGCAGACAAGGAGAAUUGGAAACAGGUCCACAAAGAUGUGGUAGACAGUGCUUAUGAGGUUAUUAAGCUGAAGGGAUACACAUCCUGGGCAAUUGGUCUCUCUGUGGCUGAUCUAGCUGAAACCAUCAUGAAGAAUUUAAGGAGAGUGCAUCCAAUUUCUACAAUGGUGAAGGGCAUGCAUGGAGUGAAAGAUGAUGUCUUCCUAAGUGUUCCUUGUGUCCUCGGCUACUCGGGCAUUACAGAUGUGGUAAAGAUGACUCUGAAGAGUGAAGAGGAAGAAAAAUUGAGGAAAAGUGCAGACACUCUCUGGGGAAUCCAGAAGGAGCUUCAAUUUUAAGUUUGCUCUCCUAUCACUUCACUGCUUCCUAGUGUUUAAUGGGUCUUAGUCCAUUGUUUUAUUGCACUUUUCAAAUAGGUCAACUCUGUUAUGAUGUCUAUCAACUAGAAAGACAUGCAAAACUAAAACUACACACAAAAUGCUGUUUCUUAUUCAGUAGGAAACAAGCGGGGCAUGUAAUCUGUCUAUCAUGUCUUUGAUCUGUGGUCAGAACUGGAUUGUACCCUAGUCUUGUUAACUGGUAUUAAGUAGAUCCAGCACGUUCCAACCUAGCACUGCCAAAUGAAAUCCUCUUUCUUUUCCUCAGGUAAAUAUGCCACUUGAAAAGAUAACUCAAUUAGUCUUCCAAAAACUGCAGGAAAGAUACAAAGAAAGUUUUGUGAUCAAGGAGGAUUGACAAAUACACUGACCAAUGUUUAAGAGAUGACUUAGUCCCCACAAAUGAGCAGCUCUAAUGUAUCUUUCCUGACACUGCUGCUUUUCAAGUCUUGUGCAUACUGUUCAAGAGAACCUCCUGUGCUUUGCUGGAAUAGUAGUCCUAAGUGUAAAGUUAAAAACCUUUGUAAACAACAACUGAUGCAAUUGUCGAACUGUAGUACCAGCCCAACCAACAAAAUAAAGAAUGAACUGCUA